AUGCUAGCAUGUCUUGCAUAUGAGGAAGUUUAUGGAAGUGUAGCAAAUGUGGAAACCAAAGUUGGCCAAACGGUACAUUUGAAAUUCGACAAAUUCAUUCGCAAUAUUGACAUCGAAUUGAAAUGUUCUGAAAGUGGCAUCGCCUAUUAUAGGGCAAUAAUCAAAGAUGGUAAAAUAACAAAAUAUGGGGCAAGACGUUUUGGGAAUCGGAUAACCUUUAUAGACGGUAACCUUAUCAUACGAGACGUAAACGAAAACGAUGCGAUACCAUAUGUGUACAAAUUAGGCCAUUAUUCACAGAAAGUAAGACUUAUUCUUUCACAUUAA